UCGCUUAACCGUCAAAUACACACAUUCUCGGGGGGCUAUGUGCAAACCGCGCCAGACGAAGAGGGGACAAGAAUCUCCUCCCUCCUCCUCUCCGGCGAGGCCCCGACCCCGACCCCGCACCCCACGGCGGCCGGAGACGAUGGCGAGGAAGGGCGUGUCGUACGUGACGGCGGCGCAGCUCGUGUCCAUGGCGCGCGACCCCCGCGUCGCCAUCAUCGACGUCAGGGACGAGGAGCGGAUCUGCGACGCGCACAUCGCCGGGUCGCACCACUACGCCAGCGACGGCUUCGCGGACCGGCUGCCGGAGAUCGCCGAGGCCACCCGGGGCAAGGAGACCCUCGUCUUCCACUGCGCCCUCAGCCAGGUGCGCGGACCAUCUUGUGCAAGAAUGUUUCUGGACUAUUUAUCAGAGGCCAAGGAAGAGUCAGCGGUGAAGAGCAUCACGGUCCUCGAGCGUGGAUUCAACGGAUGGGAGCUUUCAGGGAGAGCUGUUUGCCGCUGCAAGGAUGCUCCUUGCAAGGGUGUAUGCUCUUGAAGUCUUCAGUAUUCAUGUAAACAAACAUGAUGCAUUUCUCAAGUGCAGAGGAUGCUGCUCUGCAUGUUACCAAGAUGAUCACUAUCUACAGGGCUAGCCGUUCGUAGUCAAUUACUUCUAUAGCAGCACACAUUAAAAUGGCAUAUCUCAAUUGGAUGCACCAGCAACAACGCUAUGUGGAUCAAUCCAUCCAUCCAUCCAUCCAUCCAUGGAAUAACAGGCACUUCAUGGCAUGUAAACUGGAUAUAAACCUUAUUGGCGAUUAUUGAGAAUAUUUUGCUUUCA